GGAGAGAUGUGUAGCACGUUGUACAAUUGUUUUUGUAAUUAAAAAAGGCACAAAGCAAAGUCAUUCUCUCUGAAAUUGAAAUCGAUCCAUCCUUGUCCUUGAUCUUUCAUUCCUUCCUUCCUUCCCCAAAAUCAAACUGUCUUCCCACCUAAACUUAAUAAAUAAAUAAAUUAAAAGUAAAGGAAAAGGGCUUCCUUCCUAUUUCCUAAUAUCCCCAGAAUCUCGAAAUCUCCGUCACCUUGUUUGCGUUUGCAGAUUAGUGGUAAAUCUGUAGCGGGGGUUUGAUCAUCGAAUUUGUCGGAUCCGGUUGUGAUUGAAGAUGAGCACGGGCGAGCUUCUCAAUAUCGAACCUUUGGAGCUCAAGUUUAACCUUGAGCUCAAGAAGCAGAUCUGCUCUUCUCUUUAUCUAACCAACAAGACCGAUAACUAUGUCGCCUUCAAGGUUAAAACCACCAAUCCCAAGAAGUAUUGCGUUCGUCCUAACACGGGCGUAGUUUUGCCCCGAUCAACAUGCGAUGUUGUAGUUACUAUGCAAGCACUGAAGGAGCCCCCUUCUGAUAUGCAAUGCAAGGACAAAUUUCUCCUUCAGAGUGUUAUUGCUAACCAUGGCACAACUGUUAAAGAUAUCACUCCAGAAAUGUUUAGCAAGGAGGCAGGACAUGUUGUUGAGGAGUGCAAACUGAGAGUGCUCUACGUUUCCCCCGAACCGCCUUCGCCAGUUCCUGAAGGCUCUGAAGAAGGCGGUUCCCCUAGGGGUUCUGUUUCUGACAACGGUCAUUUUAGUAAUUCCGACUCUGCUGUUGCAUCAAGAACAUUUGGUGAAUCUCAUGACAAACCUACAGAGGCAAAAGCUCUUAUUGCAAAGCUGACCGAGGAGAAAAAUUCCGCAAUUCAUCAUAAUAACAAACUCCGACAGGAAUUGGAGCUUUUGAGGCGAGAAGCUAGCAAAAGCCAAGGUGGAGUUUCAUUUAUGCUUGUGAUAUUAAUCGGUUUAAUUGGAGUAAUUUUGGGUUAUAUCAUGAAGAAGGCAUGAAGAAGCUAGGAAUGCCGGUUACCUUUUAUCCCGUUACUGUUACUGUAUUAUUUACACCAGUAAUUAGAGAAACGGAUAAACGUGAUGGUGCUAGCUAUCUAUGCAGAAGGGGAAAAAGGUUGUUUAGGCAGUGUUCAUGUGUUUGUAGUUAACUGAUUCACUAGUAUUGAUGGAACAUAUUGAGAUUUUUUUAUUUAUUUUCCUGGGUUUGAGACCAUUGAUGUUUUUGUUGCAACAUCAUUCUUUGCUAAUUUAACAACUCUGUACUAUUUCUUUUUUAGCCUUUCGGUUCACCAUAACAGUUUAGUCAGUCAUAUUUGUGUACGUAUGAAAAGAGCUACCUGUUACGUGCUGUAUCUAGAAGAAUGUUUACCCCUUGUUAUUCAUUUAAUCUUACGAUUCUUGUGCAUGAAGUAAAGAUUCAGUUGAUCUUU